UCAAAUUGCAGCGAAAGGAACAGAAUACAGAAAAUGGUCAGCCACUGGUGACUUCCAAUAUAUUUUGCAAUUUAGGUCCCCCAAAAUUGCAAAAUAGACAAAAAAUCCUUCCCCAAAUCAUCCCAGGACUCUUUGUCUAGGAGGAGGAUGCAGUUGCUGUGGAGACAGGCCCGCCUCCAAGGGGGCGUGUCCCAUCGUUGAGUGACAUCACCACCAAGGCAGGGAUGCAGGAGAGGCAGGCCGUGGUACCCGCUUUGUCCUCCCUCAGCAUCCCCGGCAGCUCUCCAUCCUUCUGAGUCCAUGGGGCUGACUCUCCUGCUCUCGGCCUACAAGCUCUGCCGCCUCGCCAUGUCUGGCCCCGAAAACCGUCCUGAAGGCUGGUGGGCCGAGGGUCUCGGGCCCUGUCCGGAGGCCUCCUCCCCGGGCUUGGCCGCCGACAUCCAAGCCGCCCUGGACCGGGCGCUGCCCGAGCUGCAUCAGGCCGUCUCUGCUGCCAAGCGUGCCGCCGGGCCAGAGGACCUGCAAUUGGCCUUGGCUGAGAUCCUGGCCCUGGUGGAGGAGGCUUGGCUGAUGCCCGCCCUGGGCCGGGAAGUGGCCAGAGGGCUCUGCCACGCCGUCCGGCUGGAGGGAGGCCUGGACCUGCUCCUCACCCUCCUCCAGUCCCCUGACCUGCAGACCCAGUGCCAGGCCGGGAGGCUCCUCGAGCAGAUCCUGGUGGCCGAAAACAGGGAUCGGGUGGCCCGCAUCGGCCUGGGGGUGAUCCUGAACCUGGCCAAGGAGAGGGAAAAUGCAGCCUUGGCGCCCUUCACGGCGGGCAUCCUGGCGCAUAUGUUCAAGCACUCUGAAGAGACCUCCCUGCGGCUUAUUGCGGAUGGGGCGCUGGAUGCCAUCCUCUUCUGGUGCCGUUGGAGUGACCCGGCUGUCCUGCGCCACUGCGCGGCCGCCCUAGCCAACUGUGCCAUCUAUGGUGGGCAGCACAGCCAGCGGUUGAUGGCCGAGAAGCGGGCCCCCGAGUGGCUCUUCCCGCUGGCCUUCGCCAAGGAGGACCCCUGGGUCCAGUUCCAGGCCUGCCUAGCCGUGGCCGUCCUGGCUGCCAACAAGGAGAUCGAGCGGGAGGUGGAGCGCUCGGGGACCCUGGCCCUGGUCGAGCCCUUCGUGGCCACACUGGACCCUGGCCGCUUUGCCCAGACCCUUCUGUGCAGCGUUGACCACAGUCAGGGCCGGGCCGCUGGGGACCUGCAGGGCUUGGUCCCGUUGCUGGACAGCUCCCGCCCCGAGGCCCAGUGCAUCGCCGCCUUCUACCUCUGCGUGGAGGCCGACAUCAAGGCCCGGCAGAGGAACACCAAGAUCUUUGCGGAGAUCGGGGCAGUGCAGAGCCUGAAGCGGGUGGUGUGCUACUCCUCGAACGGGACCACCUCAGCCCUGGCCAAGCGGGCCCUGUCCACCAUCGGGGAGGAGGUCCCCCGGCGCCUGCUGCCCUCCGUCCCCAAUUGGAAGCCCCCCGAGGUCCAGGAGUGGCUCCAGCAGAUCGGUUUCGAGAAGCACCGCUCGCUCUUCCUGGAGCACCAAGUGGAUGGAGACCUUCUGCUGAGGCUGACAGAAGACGACUUGGUGGGAGAUCUGGGCAUGACGUCCAGCAUCACAAGGAAGAGGUUCUUUCGUGAAUUAACGGAGCUGAAGACCUACGCCAACUACUCCUCUUGUGACCGCAGCAACCUGGCUGACUGGUUGGGAGCCGUAGAGCCCAAAUUCCGACAGUACACCUACCCACUGGUCUCCUGCGGCAUCGACCGCAACUUCCUCCACCGGGUCACCGAGCAGCAGCUCCAGGAGGACUGCCGCAUCGGCCUCGGGUUCCACCGCGUCCGCAUCCUCAACGCUGCCCGAGAAAUGCUCCACUCCCCUUUGCCCUGCAACAGCACCAAGUCCAUCGCCGAAGGGACCGACGUCUUCAUCAGCUACCGGCGCAACACCGGCUCCCAGUUGGCCAGCCUGCUGAAGGUCCACCUGCAGCUGCACGGCUUCAGCGUCUUCCUGGAUGUGGAGAAACUGGAGGCCGGGAAGUUUGAGGACAAGCUGACGCAGAGUGUGGCCGGAGCCCGCAACUUCGUCCUGGUCCUCUCCCGCAACGCCCUCGACCGCUGCAUGGGUGACCACGGCGGGAAGGACUGGGUCCACAAGGAAAUUGUGACCGCCUUGAAGUGUGGGAAGAAUAUCAUCCCGGUCACCGACCAUUUCGACUGGCCGGAUCCGGAGAAGGUUCCCGAAGACAUGAGAGCUGUCCUGAAGUUCAACGGCAUCAAGUGGUCCCACGAAUACCAAGAGGCCACCAUUGAGAAGCUGAUCCGCUUCCUGCAAGGCCGCUCCUCCCGGGAUUCCUCCGCUGGAUCGGAGAACAGCCUGGAAAUCAGCCCUCCUCCGGGCCAGAACUGAUGGGACUUAGAGUGAGGGUGGCAAGAAGGGGAAGAGGGAAACCAAAAACCCCUUUCAAACUAGUGUGGCCUUAUAUAUCCUGCCCAAAUAACCCAAGCUUGGCCAUUUGGGAGGUCUACCAUUGGGGAGGAAAGGGAUGAUGGGAGUUGUAGUUCAGGACAAUGCUCAUUUCUCCCUCCAGUGGGCUUUCCCUCUUGGCUAUGGCGAUGAUGGGAAUUGUAGUUAAGGACAAUGCUCACUUCCCACCUCCAAGUGGGCUUUCCCUCUUGGCUAUGAGAGUUGUAGUUCAGGACAAUGCUCAUUUCUCAUCUCCAAGUAGACUUUCCCUCUUGGUUAUGGGGAUGAUGGGAGUUGUUGUUCAGGACAAGGCUCAUUUCCCACCUCCAAAUGGUAUUUCCCUCUCGGCUAUGGGGAUGAUGGGAGUUGUAGUUCAGAACAAUGCUCAUUUCCCACCUCCAAGUGGGCUUUCCCUCUUGGCUAUGGGAGUUGUAGUUCAG